GUGCCGAUCUUGUAUCUCGCUGUACGCAGAAUUCAACUUGUACUUCUGUGCGACUGCGCCUCUGAAGACUUGCACACUACGAGUAUGAUCGUUGUUCCGCGAUUGCUGGUUGAUCGCCACAGGACGUUGUAUGCCCCAAGUGACAAGUCUGCCGUGGAUUUCAAAUCAGUUCCAAUCUUGGCUGCCGCUAGUGAAAUUCCACGUCAUCGGUCAACCAUAUCGACAUCGAUCAGAUAUAGACGCUCGAAUGAGCAAGCUAUGAGACGCUCCCUUACUGCCGCCUUGCUCAUUGCACCUAUCAUCACCGUGUCGUAUACUUAUCAGCUCACCCUGAUUGCCGUAUAUCCACAAAAGAUUAAGCUGUUGAGCACCACCGUGCGUCUCGUGCAAAUCUUGCAUGCCAUCUCCACCGUCAGCAGCAUGCUGUCAGAUCCAAGUCAGGCCCCGUACUUACGCAGCAAUACAAUGUACCCUACCUUACCUCUGUCAUCACAAGCGGCCGAUUCUGUGACAUCGCCCUGUUCCAAACCCAAAAUCUGUCCCUCUGCCAGCUCCUGAAUGUUGGUAUUUAGCGCCUCGGACGCGUCAUUUCCCGACUCCACCGCCCGCUUCCUAUUUCAACCUUGCUGUUGUUGAUCACGUUUUGUCAAUCA